AUGUAAGUGGAAUUUGUUCUGGUGUGUUUUCCGUUGUAAUGAGAAGAAAGCUGAAGCGUGUGUAGCUCUCUACCGUAUCUUUUUGUGUGUGCCGCCGAAACACCGCCUGCUGUGUGGGAAUAUUAGUGUUUUAAACAACUUUGGGUUGUUGAGGAAAGCGAAAAGAGGAAGCAGUUCCGCCCUCAAAAGCUGCCUGGAGGCCGCAGAGAAAAGAAGAGAGGAGAAGCAGCCAAGCUACAGCUAGCCUCAAGCAAAAUCUAAAGCAAAGACACGGUGUUGUUCUACGCUUUUGUUUGGUUGUUUCUUCGUCAUUUAUUUUGGCGGAUUAACAGGGGAGCUCCGGCGGGACAUUGGAUUUGACGUUUGACGCUGAACGCCUGGUUGUGUGCUGAAAACCUCGGUGAGAGAAAAUGAGUUUCAUGUAAGAAGUUUCAGUUUGAAGCUGCACUGAAAAUCGUCCAUGCUGGUGUCUUCUGCUAGCAUUAACGUUAACAGGCACAUCUUCUCUACUACUUUGAUUUGGAUUUUGUCGGCUCGGCUUGGCUUCAACUGCUGGUGAACGUUGGGGACUCUGGAAAGUUUUUGAUCCGGACACAUCCAGUUCAAAACCAGUAUGAGUGGAGAAGAGGAAAGAUUCAAACUGGUAGUGGUGGGAGGAGGAGGGGUGGGGAAGAGCGCCUUGACCAUCCAGUUCAUUCAGUCCUACUUUGUGUCAGACUACGACCCCACCAUUGAGGACUCCUACACCAAGAUCUGUUCUGUGGAUGGAAAAGAGACUCGGCUGGACAUCUUGGACACAGCAGGUCAGGAGGAGUUUGGAGCAAUGAGGGAGCAGUACAUGCGCUCAGGAGAAGGCUUCUUACUGGUGUUUGCACUCAAUGACCGGGGCAGCUACAAUGAGGUCCAGAAAUUUCACACCCAGAUCCUGAGAGUGAAGGACCGAGAUGACUUCCCAAUGGUGCUGGUUGGAAACAAGGCUGACUUGGAACUGCAAAGAGUGAUCUCCAGGGAGGAUGCUCAGGCGUUUGCCAGAGAGAACAGGAUCCACUACAUGGAAGCUUCGGCUAAGAAUCGCUACAACGUGGAUGAGGCCUUCUUGGAGCUGGUGCAAAUUAUCAGAAAGUUUCAAGAGAUGGAGAGUCCUCCUCUUCCUGCUCAUCACAUAGGGAAGCAGAAGAGUGGUGGCUGUCCCUGUGUCCUCCUCUAAGUACUGUUACUAUGGACAGCAAAGCCUUGUCCAUCUACAGCUUGUCCAACAAUGUGUGUGUGUGUGUGUGUGUGUGUGUGUGUGUUAGUGCUUGUGUUUGUGCGGGUGCAUGUGUGUGUGUGUGUGUGUGAGAGAGAGCGAAAAAUAAGAUGCAUAAUUUUCUUUCCAAAUGGUUUUAUUUGCACUUUUGCCAAAAGCAACGUUUAAGUCAAGGUAAUGUUUUAUUUUUAAUGAGAGGAUCUAAAUAGAGAGGUGUCAGUAGAAGCAAUGUUCAUUUGGGGGAGAAACAGGAGGUCAGUACUCUGGCCAAUGUACCAAUGACAAGGAGUAAUACUGAUGUUACUGUGCAAAGUUAGUGUCCAAAAACAGAAAUAUCAUUAUAUCAUCAAAUUUUGAAGAAAUGUCCAAAUGACUGUUAGAAAGGAUGUUUUAUCCUGCAGGUACGGAGUCAGCAGUGACAUCACCACCACAGCUGACUAUGUUCUCACAUGAACAAUUUAUUUCAAAUAGUAUGUAUUUAGUGUACAAAAAUGGAAGUGUCAAAAAUGUGCAAUGUGUACCAUCUUUCCAUCUGAGUGAGACAAAAUAUUGAAAACACCCAUAAAUACCAAGGGCCUGAUCACAUUGUACAUUAUCCAGAUGCUAACAAUUCCAGUAUUGGAACUACUGGUUCUUGGCCAUGCACAGCUGAGAAAUGUGUUUAAUGUAAGGUUACAUGAACAUCCACCUGGCAUGACAGCAGAACUUGUUUCUGUGUUUGCACAUUUCAACUGGUCAUUUCUGACCAGUGGGCAAAACGUUGGGCACAAACACUCUCUGGAUUCUCUUUGUUUUGUUUAUAAGUGGACUGCAUUCUGGUAGUUAUGUCUUUUUUUCCAUUCUUUUCAUUUUUACAUCGACAUCAUCAGUGUCAAAAUUAGGAAAAAUGUAUAGUGAUAUGUUUUCACAAAAGUUAACAGUACUGACCACAAAGACAGCACAGUAGAAAUGAACUGGUAGCAGGUGAAAGUCCAAUUCAUAUCUUAAAGCACUGUCUUGGCUGUUUUUAUUUACAGGGAAAAAUUAACUAAGAUGAUGCCACAAAGAAAAGGUGCAUUAGAAAAAUGGGAAAAAAAAUCUAACAGUGCUUUACACUUACACUUAUUUUUAACCCCCCGUUUGUAAUGCUUCAGACAGUUUGGUUUAACUUCUUUUUCCUUUUAAAAAUAAUUCAUUCAUCUGCCUUCCAACCUGCAAUUCACUUAAUCAGUUUUUUACUGAAAUAAAAAUCUAAUUACUUUUAUACAUUAAAACAUUUAGCCAAACAGUUCUGUCUGUUGUGUCCUGUAUGACCCGUCAAACUGACACAGUUUUCAGUGAUUUGUUAGGGCCUCAGGUGAUAUUCAGUUCUCAUCACUUGAAUUUUGUUGUGUCAGAUAUUGGUUCAUGAGUGGGAUGAUACAUUUUACUUCCAGUCUAUUAAGGCAGAUUAGCUGGAGUCAGUCAUAUGAGCACUGCCUUCCAGUUCAGAGACUAUACACUAAUGUAUAUACUGUGUGAUGUAUGUUGAUAGUGCACCAUUUUGGAAGUUGGCAUACAAGAAAUAAAUGUACCAUUUUGUAUGAGCAGGAAAUGA